GUGUACAGUUAGUUUCCUGCGUAAGAGCAAAAGUCAAGUGCACAAAUAGACACAGACAUCUGCACGAUGCGAAGUCUGAACUGAGGUCGCACCUGUCUGUCAGGAUGAGAGUAAGGAGGUAUAAGGUCUUCCUGUUGUGCUUGGUGGGGCUCUUUAUCAUUUCCUUCCUACAAUACUACAAAGCCCUGAACAAUAUUCUUCUGCUACAAGAGCUCUCCUCCUCCUAUUCACAAAAAAAGACACUGGAGAUGGUCAACAGUUUCUUCUGGAAUGUGCCGGAUACUGAAUUACGGUUCCAACACGACUAUCACAAGCACAGCUAUCGGAAGGAGAUUCCGCCAGAUGACCCAUUUCCAAAAGGAGACCUUCACAAAGGUACAUUUGUCCUCCAUGAUGGUUCCUCAUCAUUUUUCAUCUACUCCAACUCUGGAGCAAUGUGCUUCCGUGAGGGGACUAAAGAGUCUGCAUCACAACGUGCGAUACUGCAGCAUCAUCAUCAACAUGAUUCAAUCAAUGAAGGCAAGAAGAUGGUUCAGUGUGCCUGCCGCCAAGGCUGGCACGGCCCUCAUUGCGGCAUACCUACAAUCGUGCAACAUUCAAAUCUCCCAACCAAGUCAAAAUUAACACCCAGAAAAGUUCCACGCCGAGUCAUCAAUGCCAUCAACAUUAACCAUGAGUUUGACCUUCUACACACUCGAUUCCAUGAACUUGCUGAUGCCGUGGAUGUGUUUUUAGUUUGUGAAUCCAAUUUUACCACGUACGGCAACCCGAAACCUCUUUAUUUCCUGCAGCUGGUCCUAAAUGGAACAUUUGAUUACAUUAAGAACAAGAUCCUUUACAUCUUCCUUGACCAUUUUCCAAAUGGUGGCCAUUCGGACGGCUGGAUCGCCGAUGAUUAUUUACGAACGUAUUUGACCAAAAACGGAAUGUCACGUGUUCAGGGCUUGAAAGAUGAUGAUGUUUUUAUUAUAGAUGAUGCGGAUGAAAUUCCCACACGAGAGGCAAUCCUUUUCCUUAAAGUCUAUGAUGGCUGGACCGAGCCAUUUGGGAUCCACAUGCGGAAAUCUGUGUAUGGAUUUUACUGGAGACAAUUUGGAACGCUGAACGUCUUGUCGGGUUGCACGGUAGCUAUGCUCUUUAAGGUUUACAAGGGCGAUGGAAUUCUUCUUCGACGUCGGCUGUAUUACACAAUGUCGGGAUUCCGGGAGUAUGAGAACUCUACGGGACGCAUUCUGGUACCUUGGGCCAUCGGAAGCCCCUUUCACUAUGCUGGAUGGCACUGUUCCUGGUGUUUCAAACCAGAGGGGAUUUAUUACAAACUUAUUUCAGCCCAGAAUGGAGACUUCCCACGUUGGGGCGAUUACACAGAAAAACUAAAACUAAGUUAUAUUCAAGAGCUAAUACGUACUGGGGGUUGGUUUGAUGAUUCUUUACCAAUCUACCCUCAUACAGACCCCAAAGAACAUAUGUAUGCUCCAAAAUAUCUACUGGACAACUACGAAAAAUAUCAAUACUUGCUGAAGAACCCAUACACAAAAUAGAAAGUUUAAAAGAAAUGGGAAGUUUAAGGAAAUUUUUUUGGUAAAACGCUUCUUCAUUGUCACCAAAGGUUUGCUGCAGGUUCACUACUACCACUGAAGAGCUUCUGGCAAACAUUUGUGGUGAAUCGUAAACUCAUUUACAUGUGAAAAUAAUGAGUGUGAAGUUUCUCAGAACUCUAGAUUUUUUUUUGAAGGGUAAUUGAGAUAGGUAUACAUUUUGUCUAAUUGUGUUCUGCUAUUAACUAUCUGGUUGGCUUAAUAUUGCUCUUUUGUAGAGUAAAACUUGUGAAAAAUAAUCGAUUAUUUUCAACAAAUCAGUUGCCCUGCGGGCAGUGGUGGCUCAGUGGUUAAGGCUCUGGGUUACUGAUCAGAAGGUCAGGGGUUCAAGCCCCAACACCACCAAGACACCACUGUUGGGCCCUUGAACCUAUCUGCUCCAGGGGCGCUGUAUCAUGGCUGACCCUGCACUCUGACCCCAGCUUAGCUUAGCUGGGAUAUGUGAAAAAUAAAUAAUUUCACCAUGUAUAUGCAGAAAUGUAUGUAUAAUGUGUGACAAUUGAUCAAUUAAAAAUUAAAUUAAAAAGA